AUGGCUCAAGAACAACUGCAUUCGGUCCUCUUUGAAGGAUCAGAAAUUUAUGAACAUGGCUCACCAGACAAACUUCAGUUCUACAAUACUUCAUAUGGGGACUCCUCCAAUUCAUAUGCGACCCAAGGCUACUACUAUGCACAACAGCCCCAUGCUUAUCCGCACCCGAGUUACCACCACAAUACGGGGGGUUUUUGGAGCGCAUUCGGAACCGGUGGAGGUCCUCCUGAUGAACCGCCAUUAUUAGAGGAACUUGGCAUCAAUUUUGAACAUAUAAAAUCAAAGAGUUUGGCAGUUUUAAAUCCCCUAAAGAGUGUUGACAAAAAUAUAAUGGACGACACAGAUUUGGCUGGUCCCCUUUUAUUUUGCCUAGUGUUCGGUGUUUGUUUAUUACUGACAGGAAAAGUUCACUUUGGUUAUAUUUAUGGGGUAGCCCUACUUGGAUGGAUUUCCAUUUACAUGAUAUUGAAUCUCAUGAGCGAAUCAGGAGUUGAUGGGUAUCGAACAGCGAGCGUACUUGGGUAUUGCUUGUUGCCAUUAGUAUUGUUAAGUUGCGUGGGUGUUGCAUUUCCACUGAGUGGACCAUUGGGAAUUAUUGCAUCCGUUCUUGCGAUCAUUUGGUGUACAUAUUCUUCGUCUACAAUGUUUGUAACAGUAUUACAAAUGUCAGAACAGCGCAUUUUAGUCGCAUAUCCUGUUGGCAUGUUAUAUGUAUGCUUUGCUCUCAUGACAAUCUUCUGA